AUGCAACAAUAUUAUCUGGAUACUGAUGUCAAUGGAAAGAGUUUCUGGAUAUCAGGUGAGUGUGCCAAUGGUCAGGCAUCUCAAUUCUACUAUUCAUCAGGUCCAGAGAAUGGUCAACUUAUGUAUGAUGUAAACACUGAAGAGUGUGGAUUCUUUUGUUCAUGGAAUAUAGUUGAACCUAGUAGGGGAGGUGCCACUAAUCAAUUGGAAUGUAAUGUGGCCAUAGACUUUGCAUAUAUCGGUGCCAGGGAGACAGGAAAGGAGAUAGGAUACUGGAAUAACCUAGGUUGGAACUCAUCAAAUGUCAUGAUACUAUGUGAAUAUGGUGGAAUGGAUUCCCCAUUCAUCACACCAGCUAGGUCAGCAGGAGAGAAUGUACAAAUGACGAAUAUUCUAAAUAUGGCACUGUUGUCUAAAUCAGCUGAUUCGAUACAGGUCAACUUUGUAAAUAUUGAUGGAGUGUCACCAUCAUUCUUGGCAACAAAUGUUAAGGCUCAAACAGACACAUCACUCUCAAUGGACAUACCACCAGGUUCUGGAAUGUAUAGUGUUACUAUAUCAAUCACUGGCAGUGGUACACUCAAAACAUCAUUCCAGUACAGACCUCCUAUAUUAAGUAUAGUUAAACCAUCAUUCAUUGUUGGUUCAACAAUGACAUUGAUUGGUGACAACUUUGUCGAUGGCAAGACAUCAGUAUUCUUGACGAAUGCAUCAGUGCCCUGUACCAACGUAUUCAUGAUCAAACAAGGAAUGAUCACAUGUCAACUCACACAAGACCAUCAGGCCAGUGUCCUCGUCCCCAUCACCAUCGCCACAGACUCUGUUUACAACAUAAUGAACAAACCAGCAUUCAUGGAUAGCACAACUGGGAACUAUUACUCAUGCUUCAGGACAUUCACUGAUCAAGCUGGAUCACAGAGUUUCUCACAUAGCCAGGCAGUCCAGGGUAUGUCUGGAUUCGUGUCUUAUGUGGGCACAGAUACAUUGUAUAAACUGGUUCAAAAGAUGUGUCCGAGUACUUUGAGACAAUUCGUCUUGGGCAAACUGGAUACACAGAAUAUAUUAUACUUCACAUCACUCAGUAGACCAAGUGGAGGAAGCAACAUUAUCACAACAGACGAACCAAACAAGAAUAGUCUCGUCACACUCAGUCCAACCAUCCCAACAACUGGCUCAGGAUCCAUCUUCUUCUUCACUCCCUUCCUCGGUUACAGCACCUACGACGCAGCAGCGAUCGUAGGAUUCAACGCUGCAUCAUUCACCCAGUUGUUCUAUCCAAGUAACAUAGAUAUAAGUGCACCGACUACACCAACUACAUUGAGUGUGGCAACGACUGGUGGACCUGUGACCAUACCUUUGUCACAUAUUGGUACACCUUUGGAUGAUACAUUCAUAACAUAUAUGGGAACAAAGUACCCUUUGACAUCAAGGGAUUAUUAUGGUCAUAGUGUACAGUUCAAUGUACCUCCAGGCACAGGCACUCAAACACUUCAAGUGUCAUUCCAGGCAUCAGGCAGCACAACACCUACAGCCAGUACAUCAAUCACAGUACAGUACUCUGCAGCUGUCAUUAGCGAUAUGUCAUCAGUUGGUUCCAAUGGAGGUGUAGUCACUAUCACCUCGUCUGGACUAGGUAGUGAUGUGUCGGCCAUCGUGGUCACCAUUGGAUCGAUCACUUGCACUGGUGUAGCCUAUACCACCACCGCUGACCAGAUAACAUGUACACUACCCUCACCAACUUCUGGCAACCUACAAAGUGGUGUACCCGCCAUUGUAACAGUGAGUGGCACCCCUUCAGGCACAUUCACCUACCAAUUCCUGCCGCCAGUGAUCACAUCAACUACACCAGGAACAAUUGGAAAGACAAGUUUGAUCACCAUCACUGGCAAAUACUUCUCGCCAUCAUUCCUCAGUGUUACAAUCGAUAGUGCGGCAUGUAGCGAUCCAUCAUACAUCAGCGACACGGCCAUUGCGUGCUCUUUUGUUGGUGGCAACACUCUGCCAACCGAUCCACUGAUGGUCAGCGUUACGAACCAAGGCUUAGUGGCCAGCAACAAGGUGUUCACAUACAACAUACCACCUGCAAUUACUACCAUGUCCUCAGUUGGCUCAAAUGGUGGCGUUGUCUCAAUGACGGGAACAAAGCUUGGUGCCGACGCUUCAAAGAUUGUCAUCAAGAUUGGUGGUGUCACAUGCUCUGACGUUACCAUGGUCACAGCCGACCAACAACUUACAUGCCGUCUACCCGAGCCCACUGUUGGUAACCUUCAAGAUGGAUUGCCCGCAACACUAUCCGUGGAUGAUGCAUCAGCCCUUCAAACAUACACGUACACAUUCCUGCCGCCAGUGAUCACCUCCACGACUAAUGGAUCAAUUGGAAAGACUACUUCGAUCAUCAUCACUGGCCAAUACUUCUCGGCAUCAUUCCUAAGUGUGACUAUUGGUGGAGCCACCUGCAAAGAUCCAAUAUUAAUCAAAGACACUGCGAUAGAGUGCUCGUUUGAUGGUGGCGCAACACUCCCAAUCGAUCCAUUGUUGGUCAGCGUCACGAACCAAGGUUUGGAGGGCAAUGGCAAGGUAUUCACAUACAACAUACCACCAGCCAUCACUACCAUGUCGUCAGUUGGUUCAAAUGGAGGCGUGGUCUCAAUGAUUGGCACAGCGAUUGGUUCAGACGCAUCAAAGGUCGUGGUCAAGAUCGGUGGAGUCACUUGCUCAGAUAUCGUCAUAGUCACACCCGAUCAAGAACUCACUUGUGUCUUGCCCGAGCCCAUAGUUGGUAGCCUGCAGAAUGGAUUGCCAGCCACACUGACCGUCGACGGUGUGACAUCUCUCCAGCCAUCCACAUACACAUUCCUACCGCCAGUGAUCAUCGCCACCACCCCUGGAUCAAUUGGAAAGACAUCAUUCAUCACCAUCAUUGGCAAAUACUUCUCGGCAUCAUUCCUGAGUGUGACGAUCGAUGGAGCAUCAUGUAGUGAUGCCAUAUACAUCAAUGACACUGCCGUUCAGUGUUCAUAUGUUGGUGCCACUGCUAUGCCACCCGAUCCACUGAUGGUCAGUGUGACGAACCAAGGCUUGGAGGGCAAUGGCAAGGUGUUCACAUACUACACCCCACCAGCAAUCAUAUCCAUGACAUCAGUUGGCUCAAAUGGAGGACUAGUCUCAAUGAAUGGCAUAGCACUGGGUGCUGACUCUUCAAAGGUCGCCAUCACGAUCGGUGGAGUAGCAUGCUCAGAUGUCAACAUUGUCACAUCCGAUCAACAGCUCACAUGUACCUUGCCCGAGCCAACCUCUGGCGACCUUCAAAAAGGGUUGCCAGUCAAGGUGAAUGUGGAUGGAGUGUCAUCACUUCAGUCAUUCAACUACACAUUCCUCGCACCAGUGAUCAAUGACACAACUCAGGGACUACUUGGCAAGACAACAUUGAUCACAAUCAUUGGCAACUACUUCUCACAAUCAUUUCUGAGUGUGACUAUAGAUGGUGCAACAUGCAAGAGUCCAAUAUGUAUCAACUCCACCGCAAUAUCUUGUUCGUUUGAUGGUGGCAACAUGAUGCCACCUGGUCCACUGAUGGUCAGGGUAUCGAACCAAGGAUUGCAAUCCAGCAACAAUGUAUUCUAUUACAACAACACACCACCAGCCAUCAUACUCAUGACGCCAGUCGGUUCAAAUGGAGGUGUGGUAUCAGUGUCCGGAACAGCCUUUGGAAGCGAUGCAUCACAGGUCACCAUCGCCAUUGGCGGAGUGUCAUGCUCGAGUGUUGUCAUACUCACAACCAACAAGCUACUCACAUGCUUCUUGCCUUCACCAACAUCUGGCAACCUUCAAAAAGGUCUAGAGGCAACGAUGAUGGUCAAUGGCGCAACAUCGCUUCAAUCAUACAACUAUACAUUCCUGUCACCUGUGAUCAACCUUGCCACGCCCGGUGCACUGGGUCAGACUGCCUUGAUCACGAUCACUGGCAACUACUUCUCGUCAUCAUUCCUCUCAGUGGCCAUCGAUGGAUCCCCAUGCUACAACUCAUCUAUAAUCAACGCCACAAUGAUCCAGUGCUAUUUUGAUGGACCCGCCACAAUGCCAGCAACAACAUCCAUCGAGUCACUACCAGUCCUUGUCAUGAACCAAGGACUACAGGGCAUGAACAAGGUGUUCUACUACACAAACAAUACUCAACUUGAUUGCAAUGGACAUGGCGUGUCCAAGGGAGGCAAGUGUGUUUGUGAUCCAGGAUGGACGAUGCAGACCUGUACAAUGGCCGCCCUUUUAGCAGCACCGCCCACCAUUGAGAAAGCAUCCGUCCUCAGUCCAUCAGAUGGCGAGAUCACAUUUAAGACAUCAUUGGCUUUUAUCCGUGAGUUUGGACAAUUAGGCAAUCAGAUAAAGUCGUUGACCAUGUCAUCAAUCGUGUGGUCAGUCGUGAGUGGCCCACCAAACACCUAUCAUUGGCUGGGCAGCUUCCCAGGCGAGGCAGUCCAAGUCGAUCUUCACAUAGAUUACUACAAGGAUGGUGGCCAAGUCCAAUUCGCAGGAGAGGACAUGCACAUUGGCGACAACUCAGUCAAGUUCACCAUUGGCAUCCGAUCAUGGCCAUUCGCCAAUCGUCAGAGUAGCAUGCAGUUGGUGUUUGAAAGCAGGACUUCAAAGGACGAUGGUGGAUGUGGCAAGACCAAGUCACAAAACACCUUCAACUCAUACUACGUUGUCUCUGGAAGUUCAGUGCUCUAUGGAUCAUUCGCCAACCACCUGCUCGUGGAUGGUCGUGUCGUCAAGUCAACCUUCCAGGAUAUCGACAGCAAGGACAGUCUGUACAGCUCUGUCAAUGGAAAUGGCGGCGGUGGCAAUGGCACAGAGUUCCAAUAUCUCUCAGCAGUUCAAAUACCAUACUUUGAGAAGGAAUGUACGAUUGAUCCAAGCUUCCAAUCAUUGAUCACUGUGGAGAACAAUGAUAAGUGUCCGGCCAAGAGUUACACAAAGAUCAUCAUCAUUGUCGUGUGCACAGUGUGUGGAGCAGCCAUUGUCCUUACCGCGGCACUAUUGAUCAAGAAGUACAAAUACCGUUUAAUGUUCCAUGCACCAUCAUCAGUAUUAAAAAUGAAGCAUGUUCAUUAA